AUGGCUGCCGUAUUCCGGACCGUCGUCAAGACCUGGCACAAGGAUGUCUACCCCUUCAUCUCUCCUACCUCCGGUCUCUCCAAUACCGCCGCUGGUAAAACUGUAAUCGUCACCGGCAGUGGGCGUGGAAUUGGAAAGGCAGUCGCACAAGCCUUCGCACAAGCCGGCGCAAGCAAAAUCAUUCUGACCGGCCGCACCACUAGUGAUGUUCUUGCCACCAAGAAACUCAUCGAAGAGGGCAACCCUGGAGUGAAGGACGCUGAGGUGGUGGAGCUGUUUGCAAACGUGAAGAGAGACGCCGGUGUACCUGAUGUGCUGGUGAAUAACGCCGGCGUCGCUGAAAGCGGAUAUGUGCCGCUUGCACAAAGUGACCCACUUGGAUGGUGGAGUGUCUGGGAAAUCAACAUUAAGGGAACAUAUCUGUGCACACGGGAGUUCAUUAAUGCUGUGAAAGCAGAGAGCCGCGGGGGCACCAUAAUAAACACGUCAUCAAUUGGUGCUGCGGUUGUCACGCCCACUAUGAGCUCCUAUCAGACUGGAAAACUGGCGUUGAUCAAAUUCACGGAGUUUAUUGAAGCCGAGAAUGGCAAAGAUGGGAUUCGAGCUUUCUCCUAUCAUCCGGGCGGCAUUAUUACCGACAUGGUGAAGCAGCCGCCGGCGGAAAUUCGGCACAUGUUCCAGGACACUGUUGAGCUUGCAGCUGGAACAGUGCUCUACCUCGCUUCCGAAAGAUCUGAGUAUUUGAGGGGACGCUUUAUCAUUGGGAAUUGGGACAUGGAGGAGCUGGAGCAGAGGAAGGAUGAGAUUGUAGAAAAGAACUUAUUCAAGAGCGGUAUUCAUUUUAAUUAA